AUGAAAACAGUACUUUUGACUCAUAAGUCAUCUGUAAUAAAAUAUAAUAUAAACUAUUUCAAAAUUUAUCGUGAAUGUUUACAGUUGAACAAAAUGAGCUUAGAAGGCAAUUCACGAGAAGUAGUCUAUGUCAAAGCAAAGCUUGGUACAGAAGGUGGUACUGAUCAGUAUAAGAAAUUCGCUAUUGAUCCAAAUAUCACUGAUUACAAAGUUCUUUUGGGCUUGCUGUGUAAAUGUUUUAACAUUAACUCUGACUUUUCAAUCUGUUAUUUGGCUGUCGAUGAAUUCGGUGAACAAUUUUAUUUACCGUUACAAUCUGAUUGGGAUUUAGAUGCAUCGAUUAUCACAUCUUCUGAUUCCACCUUACGGUUGAAAAUCACUCAAAAACCCAAAGUCUCUGAUCCUCAAGAUUGGGAUAUUGUUAUUCCAAGCAGUGUCCAAUCUAAUUCCAAAAGACGUAAACCUCCAAGUGAUACAAAAAAUGAUUUAAAACACCAUGACUCAAAAGGAUCUUCACUUUUUUCACAAUUAACUCAACGUUUAGAAAAAACUGUUGCAAAUGUUCGCAAGGCUAUUGGAUUUAGUAUUGACGGUGAUGGUUUUAUCGACUCAGUUCAAUCUCCUAUAUCAGAUAUACAAAUGCGACAAUACAUGGAUGAAAAUGGACGCAUUAUUUAUUUAAAUCAGUUUUACCUAGAUGUAUAUUUACAUGGCUUAGAACACAGUUUACGUAAAGUUGCCUGGCGGCUUUUACUAUCAGUUUGUCCAGCGGAUACAACAGGUCAAGAACGCUUUCAUCUAUUGGAUGUCAAAGCUCAACAGUAUGCAUCGCUUAAAGAAAAUUGGAAAAAAUUGUACGCCUCAGGCUUAAUGUCUGAGUAUCAAUUAUCAACUCUGGCUUCAAUUAGCAUAGAUGUUGUUCGUACGGACUGGAAAGAAGACUAUUAUCGGAAUGAUGAUAAUCAUCACCGUGUCUGUCAGUUAUUUGAUAUUCUCGCUACUUAUUGUAUCCAUCAUCCAAAUAUCGGAUAUAGCCAGGGUAUGUCUGAUUUGGCCAGUCCCUUGCUAGUUGUUCAAGGCGAUGAAGCAUUAGCCUAUUUAUGUUUCUGUGCUUUAAUGCAACGUGUCAAAUCGAAAUUUAGUGAUACAUAUCAAUCUGUGUUAAUUAAUGAUAUGCAAGAUUUACACGAUCUACUCACAUAUACAGAUAGUGAAUUAGCACAAUUUUUUCGUGAACAUAAUUUAGCCAAUAUGUAUUUCACUCAACGUUGGUUCAUAUUAGAAUUGAAACGUGAAUUCAAUUUCAGUGAAUCUUUGCGUAUUUUUGAAUCUCAAUGGGCAGCUUCAUGUCUUGUAAAUAAUAAUAUUAAUAAUAAUUUAGCUGAAAAUGAAACUUACAAUUCAAAGUCUGAAGGUUAUCUUGUUCUAACUGAUGGCACUUCUAAUCUGUACACAAAUUCAAAUUCUGCAUCAGCUAGCAAUUGGCAGCAUUAUACAGCUCGAGAUGUUAGCCUGAUUAAUUCGUUAAUAGGUUCAAAUUAUGUUGUAAAUUUGAAAAAAUCAUCUACAGUUGUAGCUAAUUCAAAUAUUAGUCAAUUGGAAAUUCAAUCACCGCCUGCCUCUUCGCCUACUUCGCCGUCAUCUUCAUCUGAUGUAAGCUUCUGUUAUGAAUUGUCCAACAGUAUACCGCCUAAAACAUUGAUGCCUGCUAAUAAUUCCUCUUCUGAAGCAUUAUUCAGUGAAACUAAAUUUGAAAUAAUCCCCGAUGAAUCAGUAUCAGAUUUUUCAGAUUCACUGAGUCGACAGUCUUCACAUAAUAAUAAUCAUCAUCAUCAUCGGACAUCAACGGGUAAAUUGCCUUCAUUCUCUGGUGAAAGUGAACCUAUACAAAUCAAGACCAGUGUGACACAAUUACCACCGUUGAAUCAAUUCGGUCAGGGUAAUCCAUUUCUUGUAUUCCUUUGCUUAUCUUUAAUAUUAGAAUAUAAAGAGGUAAUCAUGUCAGAGAUUAAGGAGCCCGGAGAUAUUAUACACUUUUAUCAACAAUAUUCUGGUAAACACAAUUCUUCGCGUAUACUCUAUCGAGCGAAGAAGUUAUUCAAUAAAUAUUUAGAACAGAAUAAUUUUCUAUUGACUGGUUAAGAAUUUAAAGCAAAUCACAAAAAAAUCUGUACAGUUAGUUUUACUGAGAUUGAUAUUAAAUAGAGUGUGAUAAAUUCCCCUUUUGUAUUUUGUUUUACAGAUGAUAGUGUUUUUUUCUUUCUUUCUUUGAUUUGUUUUGUGUGUGUUUUUAUACAUAUAUUGAAUGACCACCAUCAGUAAUGUAUUACUUAAAUAUCAUCUUCAUGAUAUCAUGACUUCGUAUGUAAUCAUCACUAUUAUCCCUUGAGAAACAGAUUUUUCAAAGAAGCCUAACACCUAUUUUAUACACUGUGAUAUUUAAUUUUGUUUUCUCAGAUUCCUCUAAAUUGUAUUUUUGUUGUAUUUUUUUGAAUUUAUCUUGUGUUUGAAGUAAUUGUGUUUUUUGUUUUGUUUUGUUUUGGUUUCUUUACCAAAGUUUAAAGCUGUAUACGCUUGCAUGUAUGUCUGUUUGUAAAAUACUAGAUAGAUAAGACGUUUAUAUUAUGAUGAAAUCAACAAUUUACAGUGCUACACUCUGUAUAUGAACAGCGUAUCGAUGUUAAU